AGCGCUCAGAAAGAAUUUCACCGUGUUUGGGGUUGCAUCGCGUCGCGUGAUCGCAUCACAGAGUCCACAAAAAACAAGGAAACCUUUGGCAUAGUAUCGACAAUUGGGAGUCCGAGUUCGAUUGCGUGACAACUUAAAAGGCUAACAUGCUAAUUUAGCACCGAAUCAGUUCGCAAAUUGUCCAUCGAAAGCGAAACCCAAGCGCCAGCGAACAAAUUGUUGCUCCAGCCGCCGGACAAACAGCGUGGAUUCAAAAUCCAAACAUAAAGAUUAAAUAAUUAACUGCAAUAAACCCAAAUACAUACAAAAUGUCGCCAUUCAUGGAAAAGACGUUGUUGUUGUUAGGCGUGCUUUGCUGCAUACAAGUGACUACUGCCCUGAUGUGCUAUGACUGCAAUAGCGAGUUCGAUCCCCGGUGCGGCGAUCCCUUUGAGCCGUACUCCAUUGGGGAGGUGAACUGCAGCAAACAAGAGCCCCUGGAGCACCUCAAGGACAAGUACAAGCCCACCCUGUGCCGCAAAACCGUUCAAAAGAUUUACGGGAAGACCCGGAUCGUGCGAGGCUGCGGAUACAUCCCAGAUGAACACACCGACACCAAGUGCGUGAGGCGCUCGGGAACCCACGAUGUGGCCGCCAUCUACUGCUCCUGCACCAAGGAUCUGUGCAACGGAGCCGACUCACCUGUUGCCAAGUGGAUGAUGCUGCCCCUCGUCUUCUUCGCCGGACUUACACUCCUGCUGAACUCGAGGCACACAAUACGAUUCCAGAGCUCGUAAAUUGAGCUCGAUCUAGCAUUUCACUGAGUUCACUUGUACUUAUCGUUUUCGACUUUGUUUUAAGUGGUUUUUCGUUUCAAGUCUGCAAUUGAUGUUCAUUUAGUUGCAUAAUUUACUUUAAUAUUUAAUUUAAUUUGUUCGUAAGCGUAAAAAUAAUAAGAAUAACAUGACAAUUUAAUUAAAUUACCUUAUGGGUUCACACAGACAUUAUAAAAAGCAACAGGAUAUAAACAAGAAGGUAAACACACUUUUUGGGGGCAGUAAUAAAUAAAAAUUGUUUAAGCUUUUGUUGAAAAUUAAUUUAAAAAUACAAAAAAACUGCCAGUAAAUGUCUCCGCCUAAAAAAAAACCGUCGACCCCGAUAAACUAAAUAAACAAUACAGAUCGCUGAUCCAUUGCAUAAGUCACAAUCUAAAUACCAUUUGUCAUGAUGCAGAAAUACCUUAUUUUAUUCUGAAGCAGAUUUACCAUCUUUGCAUAAGAUCAGAAAAAAUAGGUGCAUCUCUUGUUCAAGGCUUAUGGAUUUUGAGAAAGAGCUGUAAAAAACCCGAGAAGUUUUAUAAAUAUUUCAGUCUAUUUUUCGUUGUUUGUGAGUUGCAUUUUACCCAGCAUUUUGCCUAGUCAGUUUAUAAUUGAGGUAAAUCCUAAGAAACCUGUGAGUCCAAAUCACACCUUUCUGUACGGGAUGUCCCCUGCAACAACUUGAAUUUGCGAUUUUAUUAUGUCGAAAUUCUUCUACUAUUGUGAAGCGAUUUUAUCGUAUUUGAUUAAUUAUAAAAUUAUUUGUAAUUUGGAGCUCAUGUAUCUUAACGUGUAGUAAAUGAGCCAUUACUUAUGUUUCGUUUCCAAGCUUAGUUUUCAGUU